GGUCCAGGCAGCAGCAGCAGCUGCGUGCGUGACCCACACGAGAAUAUUUGGAGGCGUUCGUGGGGGCGUGGCAUGACUCAUGUGUGUGUUUAUGUGUGUGAGUGCGAGACAGUGAGACUGGAGAUAUAGCUAAAGAGAGGCAGCCUUUCUCCCUCCUCUCGCUCACUCUCUCUCUCUCCCUGCUCCUCCUGCCUUAGCUUAUAUUGCUGCUCCUUCCUCUCCACCCACCUUGACUCCUUGAGCUAGCUAGAAGCACAAGGCCAUGGCUUUUCUUGUGGAGAGGUGCGGGGAGAUGGUGGUGUCCAUGGAGAUGAGCUCGGCGGCCGCGGCACAUGGUGGCGGUGGGAAGCCGGUGCCGGCGCCGUUCCUGACCAAGACGUACCAGCUGGUGGACGACCCCUGCACCGACCACAUCGUGUCGUGGGGGGAGGACGACGCCACCUUCGUCGUCUGGAGGCCGCCCGAGUUCGCCAGGGAUCUCCUCCCUAACUACUUCAAGCACAACAACUUCUCCAGCUUCGUCCGGCAGCUCAACACCUAUGGUUUCAGGAAGAUAGUGGCCGACAGAUGGGAGUUCGCUAACGAGUUCUUCAGGAAAGGAGCGAAACACCUCCUCGCCGAGAUCCACCGGAGGAAGUCGUCGCAGCCACCUCCGCAGCCGCUGGUGCCGCACAAUGCUGCCUACCACCACCAUCACUACCACCUCGGCAACACCUUCUCGCCGCCGCCGCCUCCGGCUACUCAUCGUCACCACCACCAGCCGGUGCUGUACCACCAGCACUUCCAAGAAGAGCCGGCCGCCACCGCCGCCAUGGCCCACGGCGGCGUUAGCAGCAAUGUUGGCGGUGGCGGGGACUUCAUGGCGGCGCUGUCGGAGGACAACCGUGAACUGAGGCGGCGCAACUCGCUGCUGCUGUCGGAGCUGGCGCACAUGAAAAAGCUUUACAACGACAUCAUCUACUUCCUGCAGAACCACGUGGCUCCCGUCACGAGCCCCUCGUUGUCGGCGGCAGCUUCGCAGCGGCACAUGCUACUCCCUGGCGCUGGCGCAGCGUCUAACUCAUGCAGGCUGCUGGAGCUGGACCUUGACCGACCGGACUCCCCGGCGGCGAGGGAAGAUGACGGGGACACGGUGAAGCUGUUCGGCGUGGCGCUGCACCACGGCAAGAAGAAGCGGGCGCACCAGGAAGAGCGCGGCGACGCCGUCGUCCAUGACAUGGGACGCGAGGUCUAGGGCGCCUGAGGCGGUGCUGGUGCCGUCGCCGUCCAGGGUGCCAGUGCCGGCUACCUUAGCUAGCUCGAUCUCGAUCGAUCGCACGCGCUUGUACAUAGAGAUCUCGCUAGAGAUGAGGAGAUGAGUAGCUCGCUAGCUAGGCUUUGAUUUUCCUUUAGCAAGUGUUUCUUAGGACCAAUCAAGUCGAUCAUGAAGUAAUUUGCUGCUUGCUGAA